UUUUUCCGAUUUGGCCAGCCACCCAUAAAAGUUUACCGAGUAAAGAAAUAAUAAGUGAUAAAACACAAUAAAUGUUAAUAUUUUAAUUAUUAAAUGUAUAAGAUUCACUAAACAUUAAGUUAAAUAAGGUAUAAUAUACUUAUAGAAUUUCAUGAUCAUUGAUUAUUGAAGAAGAACGUAAUUACUAAAAUAUUUAUUAGUCGCAUAUUGUAAUUUGUUCAAUUUGACUGAAAAAGAAAUACUACUAGCUAAAAAACUUGGAGUUAGCAGAUAGGUGUCAUUUUUCGUUUAAAAAUAUACAUAAUGUACUAUUUGUAAAAUAAUAUUUUAAAAUGUUAUUAUAUGAAAAAUGAAAUAGUAAAUCUGUGUUAAAAGUUAGAAAAUGAAUAUUUUAAAAAACAAACCUCGUGAAAACUGUUGUGGAUGUUGCUGCUGUCGUCACUUUUGGUAUUGUGCUUCAAAUAAUUCUAAUAGCUGUACUAAUUUAAACAAUUGUCCUGAAAACGAUAUUUUUGAUACAAAUGAUCACUCGAAUCUAGUACCUGAAUGUGAUGGAAACCGCAGAAAGAAGUGCUCUAAUUCAAAAUUUCAAGCUCAACAACAACCAUGGAUUGCUUUAACUCACAUAUGUUGUACUGCAGUUUUAGUUAUAUUAGCAAUUUUGUGGACAACAGAUAUUUUUACAAAUAUAAAAAAUGAUAAUUCGAUUCAAAUGUUAAAUGAAACACCUUGGCAUUUGUCUCACUUGCCAGAUAAUGAUUAUCAAUCCAACAAGACUCAGCCUACUUCAAUUUCAGUACCAACUACUACCAUAAUUCCUAACCCUAACCCUGAUGAAAAAGAUAAAUGUGAACCAUUAUACACCUUAGUAUAUGCUCACUGUUGUGUAUGGUUCCUAUUUUUAGUGCUUGAUCAUGUUGCUAGACAUAUGCAUCAUAAAACUUUAAGAUGCCGUGGGCAUUUAAAAGCUUAUGCGCGUCUCACUCGUCUUGCUGCUAUACCAUUUCAGCUUGUAUCUUUGUGGACUGUUUUGCUAGCAAUUUUUAUUGCAAUUUAUGCUCAACAAGACAAAGCAGAUAUGGAACCAUACUGUGAUGCCAACUUUUUAAUGUCUCCAAAAAAUGGUAUUGCAGUAUUGUUAAUUAUUGAGUUUAUUCUUGUUACAAUUUCAUCAUUUUUAUAUGCAAGUUCUAUUAGAAAGUUUAACACAGAAAAACCUCCUCCAGAUGUUUGUGGUUGGGAAGAAAAAGACGAUAUUCAAAAUAGAUGGACUCCAAGAGCACUAAGAUCUGAAUCUACAAUUGGAUCUCAAUCUAGUUCUAGAAUUUCUAAUUCUCAAGAUUUAUUAGAGCAAAAAGAUAGCCGCUGUAUUUUAGAUUUAUUGGAAUACUAUGCUCAUGCUAAUAGAGAGUUGGCUGCAAAUUUAGGAAGAACUUCUCAAAAGUUACGUCAAUUAGAGUUAGAAGUACAACAAUCACAAUCAUCUAUAUCAGAAACUAUUGAAGAACUACCCUAAUAUUUCUUUAAACUUCAAAUAUUUUAUCUGCUAAAUAUAUUUUUGUUUUUUAAAAUUUUAUUUUGUUGUAUAAUACAAAAUUUU